AGACCAACUGAACAGAGAUGACAACAGGGUGUUUUAUAUACCUCACCAUGGUGUCUACCACCCAAAGAAAAGAAAGUUAAGGGUGGUAUUUGACUGCACCUCCUCGUAUCAGGGUAAAUGCCUGAAUAGUGAGCUGCUUCAGGGGCCUGAUCUGACCAACUCAUUGAUUGGUGUCCUUCUUAGAUUUCGAGAGGAGCCUGUAGCAGUAAUGGCAGACAUCGAGUCGAUGUUUUAUCAAGUGAAAGUGCCAGAACAUGAUGCAGACUUGCUCCGUUUUCUAUGGUGGCCCAACGGUAGAUUGGAUGAGCAAGUGGAGGAGUUCAGAAUGACAGUGCACCUCUUCGGAGCUACUUCUUCUCCAAGUGUAGCCUCAUAUGCACUGAGAAGAACUGCAGAGGAUCACAAGGAUGCUGCAUCACCAGAUGCUGUUCAGACAGUACUGCGAAAUUUUUAUGUAGAUGAUUGCCUGAGAAGUGUAACUACAGAAAACGUUGCAGUAAACUUAGUCAGUGAUCUACGAGCUUUGUGCAGCAGUGGAGGGUUCACCCUAACAAAGUGGAUGAGCAAUAGCAGAAAUGUGUUACUGUCAAUUCCGGAGGAGCACAGAGCCAGUGAAGUCAAAGAUCUGGAUUUACGACGCGAUGCUUUGCCAGUUGAGAGGACACUUGGUGUGCAGUGGGACACAGAAAAUGAUACUUUCACCUUCAGUAUAAAGCUGCAAGAUAGACCAAUGACUAGAAGGGGGAUUUUAUCGAUCGUCAAUUCCAUUUACGACCCUCUCGGCUUUUUAGCCCCAGUCAUUCUGCAUGCCAAACUUCUAUUAAAGGAUCUUUGCAAAGAGCAGCGUGGGUGGGAUGAAAACAUUGAUGGAAAGCACGCAGAGGAUUGGGAAAGAUGGAUGAAAGAUGUUACUCACCUUUCCAACUUUCACGUGAGUAGAUGCGUUAAACCCACCAAGUUUGGAUGCACUAUUACAGCGCAAUUACAUCAUUUUUCAGACGCAUCAGAAUAUGCAUACGGCAUUGUGUCUUACCUACUGUUGGAGAAUGAACGGGGUGAGAAACACUGCACUUUCCUUUUGGGGAAGUCAAGAGUGGCUCCACUCAAAAGAGUCACAAUCCCAAGACUUGAGUUGACAGCAGCGGUUGUCGCUUUGAAAGUUGACAAGAUGUUGCAUCAAGAGAUUCAGGUUCCAUUGCAACAAUCUGUCUUUUGGACAGACAGCACUACGGUGCUCAGAUACAUCGACAGUGAAACUGCUCAUUUCAAAACGUUUGUUGCAAACAGAGUUUCCUUGAUCCGAGAAGCAACCAAGUCAUCGCAAUGGAAAUAUGUCGGAAAAAAUGAAAACCCUGCAGAUCAAGCCAGCAGAGGCCUGAAGGCGAAAAGCUUAGCGCAAGGGGGAACAUGGAUAAGUGGACCAGACUUUCUGUUGCAUGAAGAGGAUUGGCCGGAACAACCUGUGAUAAGGAAUGAAAGCCUUGCCAAUGACCCAGAGGUCAAAAAUACAAUUGUUGUUAACACAGUUAAAGUAGAAGAGAAUGUAGAACCAAUGAAACAGCUGAUCAACUAUUAUUCGGAUUGGAGUAAGCUUAAACGAGCAGUGGCUUGGAUAGGAAAAGUGAAGAGUUAUCUGUGGAAACAAAAAACAGAAAGAAAAGAGGCUUUAAAAAACAAGCAAGCUGUAAAAGACCCUGAAAAGCAAAGAUCAAAAUUAAUGCAACUUAUGAAGAAACUAAAAACUGCUGAAGUAAAAGAAUCACUUACCUUGGAUGAUCUGGACACUGCUGAAUUAGAAAUCAUACAGUUCAGUCAAAGACAGCAUUUUGGAGAGGAAAUCAAGGUACUACAGGAGGGAAAGCAACUCACUCGCAGUAGUGCACUGUCUAAAUUAGAUCCAGUGAUUUACGACGGCACGUUAAGGGUUGGUGGAAGACUGAACAAAUCAGCUAUGCCGGAAAAGGCUAAACAUCCUGCGAUUCUUUCUAAACACAGCAAAGUUGCAACUUUGAUCUUGAGGGACAUACAUCAAAGAACAGGACAUUGUGGACGUAACUAUGUGUUGGCACAACUAAGAUGCAGAUAUUGGAUUCCACAAGCUAAUUCUGCUAUCAGAAAAAUAAUCAACACAUGCACAGUAUGCCGUAGGAUGUCUGGAAAGGUUGGUGAGCAAAAGAUGGCAAACCUACCUGAAGAUCGGCUCCUCCCACACCAACCUCCUUUUACCAACACCGGUGUUGAUUUCUUCGGUCCGUUUGAGGUUAAACGGGGCCGGGUUACCCUUAAAAGAUAUGGGGUAAUGUUCACUUGUCUAACGCUCAGAGCUGUGCACAUUGAAGUAGCUGACAGCCUCGACACGGACUCCUGCAUCAACGCAAUUCGCCGUUUUAUAUGUAGGAGAGGUCAAGUCACCAUCAUGAGAUCUGACAAUGGUACAAACUUUGUGGCAGCUGAAAGAGAAUUAAGGGAAGCUAUUCAACAGCUGGACAAUUAUAAGAUCGAAAGAGCUUUACAGCCCAAAGGAAUAAAAUGGAUAUUCAAUAGCCCAGCUGCUUCUCACCAAGGCGGUAUUUGGGAAAGACAAAUCCGGACGGCUCGAAGAAUUCUUAAUUCCCUGUUGAAGGAGCAAACAGUUAAUGAUGACUGUCUUCAGACGAUAAUGUGUGAAGUUGAAAGUAUCAUCAAUGGCAGGCCUCUCACAAGUGUCUCAGAUGAUGCAAACGACGUUGAGCCUUUAACUCCCAAUCACUUACUGCUUCUGAAAUCUCAACCAAUCAUGCCCCCAGGCAUCUUCUGCAAAGAUGACACAUAUGCAAGAAGAAGAUGGAAGCAAGUUCAGUAUCUUGCCGAUUUAUUCUGGACUAGAUGGACGCGAGAAUAUCUUCCACUUCUUCAGGAGCGUCAGAAAUGGAUGAAACCCAGCAGAAACUUCAUGAUUGGAGAUGUGGUGCUAUUGGUGGACAGUUCAUCUCCCCGCAACUCUUGGGUAAUGGGGAAAAUAGUUGAAACACUGCCAGAUUCCACUGGAAUGGUGCGGAGAGUGAAAUUGAAGACCAGAACCAGCACUUUGGAAAGACCCGUAAAUAAACUGUGCCUGUUGAAAGAGGCAACGUUGGGCGAGUAACAAAGAAAGACAAGUUGAUCUUUACACACAUUUGAAGUUUAAGUUGUUUGGCUCUUAAUGUUUUUAGUUGUAAUUGAUUAGUCCUCCAGCCUAACAAUUAGGGGCCGGGUAAUGUAAGAGCCAGUUAUGCAUAAUUCAUUUGUGAUAAUAAUUUAGUGAAGGUUAAAACAUGAUAAAAAUUGAUAUUUAAAUUUAAUAAGAAUUCAUUGUGAUUGUAUUAUCUAAAAUGCAUAAUUUAGUAAUUUAUAUAAUUUAAAAACCUUUAAUUUGGUAUUUUGGCUUCCGACAGUAAUACGUCAUGAGGUCAUUAGUUCAUACGUUUUAGGCAGAUUGCAGUUAGGGAUGUUGGAAGCAACACAGUUUUUUGACCGAGCUGAUCGAGUCUAUUGUAACUUUGUAUUUUUGUUUGCAUUUGUUCAGUAAACCUUUUUUAAAAGAAGAUUCGGUCUUACUCGCGUUUUUGCAAAUACUGGUUGUUGGAAUUGAAGCUGCAAAAGGUGGUACAUAAGGAUUUGCACGAAAGGUGUGCC